AUGUCUGCUGAAAAUCUUGAGCCAUCAGGACCACCACCUCCUCACCCUUCCACAACUUUCCACCACGACACGCAGACCUUCUCCUCGAUGGAAGAAGGUACUAAGGGAGAUGAGCAGAGUUUAACGGAAGGACUUUUACUUCCUGAAGAGGAUGAGACUCCGGAGAAAGACCAGUACCUGGAGAGGGAGGCAAAUUACCUGAAAGGAAACGAGUAUCAGUUUGAACAGGAUUAUCUGAAGGGCCAUGAGAAUCUGCAGAAGAAAGAGCUCCUGGAAGGGAAAAUAUUUCUGUAUGAGAAGUUUCUGGAAGCAGGUGAGUAUCUGGGGAGGACGUCCCCCACGGAGUUUAACUACAAAGAGAGCUUUUGGGACCGUGUAUUGAAAGACCCCAUUGGCACACUGGAAGAUGAUGAGGUCUUCGAAGACGAAGUUUCGACCACCUCCUAUCAGUCGGUGUUCAGGACCAUGCUCAAAGAAAUGGCUGUUCGCAACGAACUGGAGGAGGAUAUUACCAUUCCCCUGACUGGUCAUCUGGAGGGUGAAACCAGAAGGAAGCUGGGAAUUCUGUUGAAGAAAAAUUUUGAAAACUACAAGGAGACGAUCCUCUGGAUUAUGAGGAAACGGGAAACUCCCGGGUCAACAAGCUGUGACGUCCUCUCCAACACCUCCUCCAGCGCUGUGCUGGCCCCAGAGGUACUUCAAGGUGAUGGAAAAAUAAUCCUCUACCCCAAUGAGAUUAUCUUCCAAAUUCUCUUUCCUGAUGGAUCAGGCCAGAUAUAUUACCCAUCAGGACACCUGGCUAUGCUCAUCCUCAGUAUAAAAGAGAGCAAGUUCACGUACAUCAUUCUGGAAGAUAGUGCAAAAACGUGCAUCCGGGCCCUUAUCAACAACUCUGGCCAUGCCACCUUCCAUGAUGAAAAUGGAGACAUCUGGUUGAGCCUGAGCCAAAACCUGGGCUACUACUUCGCCAAAGACGAGUCCCAGAAGGCCUGGAACUGGUGGGAUCUCAGCCUGCACGUGCACGCGCCCCCCGUCCAGCCCAUCUCCUUGAAAAUCAACCGGUACGUCGAGGUACAAAUCAAGAGCCAGGACAAGAUCAUCUUCCACUUCACCCACCGCGAGAAGCGCGUUUGCUUAAACCUGGGCACCAAGUUCAAGUACAUUACCCUGGAGGUGCUGAGCAAAAUGAAAAAGAAACCGAUCCUGGAGAUGGAAGUCAGUCCCACGGCUCGGAAGAUCCAUGUCCUUCUAGGGAAAAUGAGUGGGAUCCUGAGGCUACUGACCAUCCCCGACUUGGAAAGCUUCAUACGUUGCGUCAAGAUCUUGCCAACAAGCCAACACCGGUCUGAGCAGGAGGUCGCCCCCACCAAGCUCAAGCUGUCACCCUCUUGUCCCAGAGGGGCUUUGGCAGGUGCUGAAUGUCUGGGGGAGGUGGAGUUGUCAGAAGCCCCAAGGAAACCCCCAAGGAAACCCCCAAAGCCCUAG